AUGGCCCUCCGAGUUCCCGGAACCUCAUUGCUCUCGUGGGGAAGCCCCCUCAGCCGGCGGGUACUUCUCCCUGCUUGCAGUCGGCAGUUCACCUCGACCGUUAAUACCGCACUUCCGCUCCCAGCGGCACUCAAGGUGUCUGCGUCGUCGCCGUCCAAGAUCGCCGGAAGGAAGAGGGCGCGGUAUCAAUUCCGCCCGCCGCGAUUCUACAGGGGUCCGUUCUCGCCCGUACAGCCUCCCAAGCCAUCGGCGCCCAACUCGAGACUCUUCGUGCCUGGGCCAUUUACUUCUGAGCGUCUCCAGGAUCAUUACUACACAACUCUAGCUCCGGACCUUUUGACAAUGACAUAUGUUCACUUGCCAAAGGGGUACCAGCCCCGCGACUACUCGUUCCGUCACCGAGAGUGGGACGAUUCAUCCCCGUACCAUGCCGGACGUGGGACCCGCCCACCGCCUGGGAGGACGGCGCUCUACCCGGCGCCCCGGCCUCGUACGCACCGAAAUCUGCCAAAGCUGACUGGUAUCACGGUGCAUACGAUGGUACGUGAUGCGCUGAAGGACUCGGCGUUCCUUCAUGCAGCCGGUAUGGUGGUGCAGAGCAUCACUGGUGCGAGGGCAACCGUGCAUUACUCCAAGGUCAACAUUGCUGCUUUUGAGUUGCGUGCGCAGAAGGCGUGUGCGGUUACAAGCACUGUCAAGGGGCCGCUGGCGUAUAGAUUUAUGAGCUCCUUGAUCGAUGUUGUGUUGCCAAGGAUAAAGGAUUACGAUGGUGUGUCGAUGAAGUCUGGAGACUCAACGGGAAACAUCAGUUUUGGAUUUACACCUGAGGCUGUUUCUCUUUUCCCGGAGAUUGAAGUAAAUUAUGAUAUGUACCCCUCAAGAAUGGUUCCAGGUUUGCAUGUGACUGUCCACACCUCUGCAAAGACCGAUCGGGAUGCAAAGCUACUUCUCAUGUCUAUGGGAGUACCGUUCACCACUAAAGGGAAAUCAAAGAAGAAAUAA